AUAUAUUUUGAAAUGCACUUGGGAUAUCUUUAAUGAGCAUAAAUUAAGCAAUUUAACUUUGUUUUAAGCUGGAUAAGUCGUGUAAUUGUUUUCUCUAGAUUGAUUCAAACUUGACCAUGGUAUUAUUUUUUUGAUGGAUCACAUGCUAGGAAGAGCAUAUGCCAAUCUUAUUUUGAGGCCAAUAUGCUCAAUCAUCAAUUUGGUAUAUUUUUGCACCUUCUCUCUGUAUUAAUUUCCUUUGGUGUCUUCAACAAUCCAGUUCCACAUAAUGCAUUAGAGUGGCCAGCUUGUACGUGUGUUUCUGAAUUUGUGAUCUUUUCACCGAGCAACUUUCAAGUCUUGUUGGACAGUCUUCAUAGUAGAAAGUCAAUGAAUGUGCUUCUCACUCCUUUGGCCACUGCAUUGGUUAUUUGGAAAACAAAGGAGUAGAAGAAUUUUUUUGGGCAUUUGCUCUGCUUUGAUAGAAUGAGAGAUCACUGGUCCCUGACCUUAUUGUUUUUGUUCAUCCUCUCCUUGAUUGAGACAUUCUUGGGAUGCUGUUAAGUUUGCUUUUUGUACAUGGGUUGUGUGAUCUUGGUGCCUUGUAUACAGUACUUCCUUUCUAUUGGCAAAAAAAUGGAAGUUGCAAGUCUUACUCUUUAUGACUGUUCUGCUUAUUUCUUAGUUGGGUCUAUUUGUUGUCUCCUGAAUUAGUUGCAUAAUUUUUUCCUGCUAGCUUUAUAUAGAAAAAUUGUUUUAAUCCUUCCCUUAAGAAUAUAUGCCCUAAACUGUCUCUAGUUAUUGAAGCACUCUGGCUGUCUUUGCUGUUGGAAUUUCUAUAAUGAAGUGGAUUUUUUUGUUUAACUUUGUAAUUUCUCGUAUCAUAUGUUGCAAGUAUUGGUACGCCAUUGCUGCAAGCUAUAGAUGUGAAAAUAAUAUCUUAACCUCCACAAAUGUACCUCAUCGGGCAUCUGCUAUUAUGGGAGUUCAGUUCAUUUUGACUGGUUGCUAUGAUGGCUUUGGAAGGAUUUGGAAGUCUGCUGGUUUGUGUGCGCAUAUACUUGAAGGGCACAGUGAUGCUGUUUGUUCUGUUAGUAUUGUCAAUUCAGAAGGUACAGAUGUUACUAUAGCUACUGCUUCAAAAGAUUGGACUUUAAGGUUGUUUAAGUUUGAUGCUGAGGAGUCCGGGGAUUAUCCUACAAAGCUAAGGGCAUUUAAGAUCUUGCGUGGGCAUAAGGCAUCAGUACAAAGUGUUGCAACACAGACUUCUGGGAACAUGGUUUGUUCUGGUUCUUGGGAUUGCACAAUUAAUAUAUGGCGAACAAGUGAUUCUGCUUCAGGGGGUGAUUCGGUGUCAAUCAAGAGAAGAAAAGGGAAUGAUCAGACCGAGGAAUCUCAGUUAGAGGGGGAAGCUGUGACUACUCUUGUGGGCCACACGCAGUGUGUCUCGUCUGUGGCUUGGGCACAACACAAUACAGUCUACUCUGCAUCUUGGGAUCACUCUGUUAGAAGAUGGGAUGUUGAGACUGGGAAAGAUUUGUCAGACAUAUUUUGUGGUAAAGUCCUGAAUUGUGUUGAUGUUGGAGGUGAAAGUUCUGCCCUUGUUGCUGCUGGUGGAUCUGAUCCGAUUCUUAGAGUAUGGGAUCCUCGGAAGCCAGGAACCUCUGCUCCUGUGCUUCAGUUUUCAUCCCACACUUCUUGGAUUUCUGACUGCAAGUGGCACGACAAAUCUUGGUUUCACUUACUUUCUUCAUCUUAUGAUGGGAAAGUUAUGUUAUGGGAUAUAAGAACUUUGUUGCCUUUGUCUGUCAUUGAUACGCACAAGGACAAAGUAUUAUCUGCUGACUGGUGGAAAGGUGAUAGUGUGAUCAGUGGUGGGGCAGACUCUAAGCUUUGUAUUUCUUCUGAGAUUUCUAUCCAGUGAGGUAGAUGAAAAAGUUUUGUUAGAUAUUCAAAGGGAAGAUGGAACCAACCUAAAAGGAGAAUGAAGGGGGCCUUGGCAUACAAUCUUUUUUCCUCGUCCAAGAGGGGCUGGUGAUAAAAGCUAUUCUGGUUGCAUCUGCUAAUUAAUUUCUUCAAAAUUGUAUUUUAUAAAAUAUCGUUGAAUUUCUCAAAUCCACAACUGUAGAUGGGUCGACCUUGUUAACUUGGUACCACUUGAUAGGUUUUGCACAAUUUUGUUGGGUAAGCAAAUAUUUGAUAGAUAUCAAUGCGUAUCGAUUUAACAGUUUUUCACCCA